AUGGAUUCCUUGCUUCGCAAUUUGCAUGAUUAAAUACUGAAAAAUGUAAAACAUUGUCAAAACAAUUAGUUGUACAAAAAAUCAUUAAUAGAUUUCAAAGUCCAACCCUCAGACCAUUUGUUACAAUUACUUUCCGUAAAUGUUAUUGAUGUGAUAGCAUUUAAACUAAUUUUAAAUAACAUCCAUUAUAAAAAGAAUUAAUAGUAUAUAUAAAAUAUUAUAUUAAGACUCAACAUCUACAUGACUAUGCUUCACAAUUAGGCUUAAUUUACAAGUUCCUGA